AUGGACCGUCUACCCGAAAAGCUGCCUUUCUCUAAGCGGCGCCUGAAGCAGCGAGUCAUCUUAUCUUAUAUCUUUGACUAUGUUAUCCUAAUUGCGUGCAUUGGAGGCUUCUACGUCCUUGAUUCCAUUGAACCAUAUCAUCAGCACUUCUCAUUACGAAAUAUCUCAAUUCAAUACCCGUAUGCAGUCCACGAGCGGAUAACCAUUCAGGAAGCCCUCUGUAUCUCCGGCCUAGCACCCCUUGUCAUCAUUAUCGUCUAUACGCUAUUCAUCGACGGGCUUUUCUCGCAUCACAAGACGCAGCAUCCAGUCUCGGGGAAGCGCAAAUUCACUGGUCCAUAUAGGUGGAAAGAUCGGCUAUGGGAGCUCAACUGUGGUAUUCUAGGGCUCUUGCUCUCACAAGGGUUGGCCUUUGUCAUCACGCAGGUGCUGAAAAAUGCUUGUGGAAAGCCUAGGCCUGACUUCAUUGAUCGGUGCCAGCCCCGCGCAGGAAGUCAGGACGCAAUACCCGGACUGUCAAAUUCCACUAUCUGUACCGGUGAACAUGCGCUUAUCAAAGACGGCUUCCGGUCAUGGCCUUCAGGACAUAGUAGCUCGUCGUUUGCCGGUUUAUUCUAUCUCACCCUUUGGCUUAGUGGCAAGCUGCACAUAAUGGACAACCGCGGCGAGGCCUGGAAGACACUCUUGGUUAUGAUACCGUCUCUUGCAGCAACGCUUGUUGCGGUGAGCCGUAUUAUGGAUGCAAGGCAUCAUCCAUUCGACGUCAUCACCGGAUCGCUCCUAGGUAUUAUCUGUGCCUGCAUCUCAUAUCGUCAAUAUUUCCCUUCCCUCAACGAGCCCUGGAAGAAAGGACGCGCCUAUCCCAUCCGGACGUGGGGCAGGGAUCCCGUGGGGCCUGCCGAGACUGUCCGCCUCGUGGCUGCUGAUGGAAGCACUGCCGCUCUAAGGAACCCGGAGGAGGAGCGAUUGAACGAACCUCCUCAGUCGAAGUCGACCGGAAGUGAUGCUGGUAGGCCUUUGUACCUACCGGAAUCUAAUCCGUACACUUCGAACAUGUACGGCUACUCAAGACGUGAUGAAGACGAUAACUGGUCAUCCUCCAGUGAGGAUGUUGCUGGUGGAUAUGAGAUGCAGCCUGGCUAUGCCCGGACGCAGAACCCAGCUUUGAACGGACCAACGGCGCGACUCGAUGUUGAUACGGCAUACCACUCCCAGACCCCGCAGGUUGUACUUGGAACCACCAGUACCCACGAAACAUCGGGCGCGCACUCGACUCAUGCGGACAGAGGGCGGGACCUAACAGAUAUGCCGUAUCGGGAAGUCUAA